GCAUUGCGCAAAGAUUAUAUGGAAGAAAGCGUUUAAUGACUGAAUGGGAAAACAUAGCCAUUGGUUACUUGAUUUUUAAAAUACAAAAUUGCAAUGUUCACCAGUUACAAAAAUAGCGCAAUUUUGAACAUUCAAAAACUAAGAGUGAACGGAAGCAUCAAUGUUCAAAAACUUAAUUAGUGGCCCCCUUUUACUUUCCGCUACCAUUCGUGCUGCGUGCUUAACGUUUAUUUGGUACCUAUCACUUAAUCUGGAAACUGUUAAAAACUUUGUUAAUACCACAUCAGUGACUCAUCCCUUAUCAUUUGGACACAGGAAGACCUGAUAAUAGUAAUAACUAUCACGUAUUUUCCUAGUUACAUAUGAAAAGUUACUCGUGUGUGCAAGUUUAUGGCAAUGGGUUGGUUUGAUUAUGGUCGCAUCGAAGGUCUUCCUUCCCAGUAUCCACCCCAUAAAACACCCGUUACAGUAGAUGUCUUAGAAGCGGGUUUUAUCUGCGCUUUUCUCAUACUCGCGAUUUGUUGCUAUGUGUCCCUGGCAACUCCCCGUCUUAAACACGUAAGUUUUUCAACCCCCUUUAAUUGCAUAAUAAAUCACAAGCUCUUUCAGUACGGAUACCUAGCCAUCCGUGUCACUCUUAGCCUUCUGAUCGGUUUAUUUAUUAUGCUUGCGAAUUUCGGACAAGAAUGGGAGGUGAGCCAUAUUAGAACGAAAACACCGUACAGGGUGGGAACUGGACAUGAGAUCGAUGCGGAAAUCGGUGUCAAAAUUGGUCUUCGGUCCGUGAAUGUGACUCUAAAAAGUGAACCCGAUGGACCUUUAGCUCACGAAAUAAUCAAUUAUAACGAGAGGUUCGAGUGGACUUGGGAUCAAGGAAACUUUGGAUUUGGACCGUUUGCUGGUCUUCUACAACGCCAGUUUCGAGCGGCUCAGUAUCGAGGUGUGCCCCUACCGAUCCUCUGGAUAAUCGAUUAUUUCGUAAUCGACGGCGAGGGCUAUCGCUUCGGGAGGUUCUACCGUACAGCCGGAUGGUACACCCAUAUUCUGAUAUGGACUGCCUUUCCAUGCUGGUUGCUCGCAGUCAUACUCUUUAGAUCAGUCAUCCGUUACGGGGGAUACUUCUUAUUCUUAACCGGAUGUCUAUUGAUAUUGGCUAAUAUUACAUGGUCGGUUGUUAGAAACCCUGCGGAUUUGGUUAUUCCUUUCGAGGACGCCGAAAUUGUUAUGAAGUAUGGUUUUAGUUAUUGGCUGUGUUUGUUCACAGGUCUCCUGUGCGUUGCAUUGUCAAUUACCAUUAUAGUCAUUGAAGCGAAGUGGGACACUGCGAUCUCAAUUUUCUUUGGAAUUGAUCCUCUAACAUGUUUGGAUGAGUAUAUUCUAACACAAAGUGAGUUGGAACUGUUACGAAAAAAAGAUAGCGCGACAAAUGACAUCCAAAUGAACGAGAUGCAGCCUUCCACUUCUAAACAGCACAUAGAUCCCAACGAGUUGCAAACCGUAUUCUUAAAGAGAAAGACGAGUAUUCAUUUUACGGGAGCAAUUCAAAGGAUUCGCAAAGCGAGCUUGAGGCCGCGCGAGGAUCAACAGCCUCUUUACGGGAACAUGGAGACAAUUAAGGAAGAAAGCAGGCGCCGGAUGGUGUAAAAUGCGUACUAUGUGUAAAUAAUAAAACAUUCACAUUCAUAUUGUGUAUUAUUAUGUGUUUCGAACACAUAGCAGGAUUUUGAAUUUAAAAUUAUUUUAGACCACGGUCUAAGAAAAUUAUUCACAUAUUUGAGGUUAAAUAAAAUUUUGUUUGUUUGGCA